AUGCCAGAAGGCCGAUGGAUGCACUCUGCAGUCCUUGACACAGCCAACAGAGCCAUUUACAUAUUCGGAGGUUCCAAGCGUAGUCUUGGGAGCACCACACCUGGCACCACCUUCAGCGACCUUUACAGCUUCACCCUGGCAACGGAACAAUGGAAUCAGCUCUCCAGUGGGCCAGUUGCUUCUUCGAGGCACGCAGCUGUUUGGGACACCACGAGGGGUUGUAUGAUCGUGUUUGGUGGGGAGUCUGAUAAUGGCACGAAGCUCAGCGGCAUGCAGGAGUACUUUGCGAAGUCUGACGAGUGGACUGUUUCCAGUCCCACAGGUACAGCCCCAUCUGCACGGUUGGGGCACCUUGCAGUCUGGGAUACUCUCUCAGAUGUGAUGCUCAUGUGUUGCGGGCAUGGAGAUGCUUCAGUAUAUGUUCCCUACACUAACAGCUGGAGUACCACCUACAACGACUUGUGGAGCUAUGCUGCGGGCACUGGUUGGGUCGAGCUGGUGCCAUCAGGCAGUUUCACGCCUCGAGGUGAGGCUGCGGGCGUUUGGGAUGCUACGAUGGGCUCCAUUCUUGGGUUUGGUGGAUAUUUUGACCAAGUGGGCCACAUGAACUCUAUGUUUGGGUAUACUGCUACGAGCAACUGGACAGAAGAGACUGUCGGGGGAGUCAGUGCGCCUCUCCCACGCGAUGGGCAUGCGGCUACAUGGGACCCUCAGGCCAGACAGCUUUACAUGCUUGGGGGAUGGGUCGGUAGCACCUAUGAAGGUGUGCUGUGGCGCCUGGAUGCUGCAAACUUGUCGUUGCUUUCUGUCAGAAGCAGCACUGCAGCGACGAGUAGCACUGCGCCUGAAUCCACUACUGCAGCGACAGGUGCAACACCUGCGUCGACUUCAGCACCGUCUGUCUUUGUGCAGACUGAGCAAUCAGAGUAUGAAGCCGCGAUAGGGUUGCUUUCGAUGCUGGCCCUGGAGUCCAGCAGCUCCAACAGUUCGAACAGCUCGGCCAACGCAUCGACUGGAAUCUUGGGGAGUAUCAUGGUGGAUGAUGGGCUAUCUCUGGUGGUUGUCUGGGCCUUGAAGUUGGUCUCCGGAGGUGCGCCAGUGGAGCUGGAGCUCUCUGGAGCCCUGAGCCUGGGGGUGCCACAGGAGGUCAUAGCUCAGGCCACGGAAACAUCUUCAGACGAGUUUGUCCUGGUCACUGCUAGUGUUCCCUCCGCCGCCACCUUUGCAACACCUUCUGAGUCCUUGAUCUCCCCGCUACUGAGUGUGAACUUCCGUGCGGCAGACUGCAGACGGCUCCCCAUGCAUGCGCUUGCAAGGCCGGUGGAGCUGAGGUUUGGCGUCCAGAGCAACCAAAGCAACCAAGGCCAGUGCAGGUUUUGGGAUGAGGAGAAAAAUCGAUGGUCCGAGAAGGGCGUCAGGCGUUCGGAUUCGUCGGAUCUCGCAGUGGGUACAGUGGUUUGCCUCACAAGCCACUUGACCAUCUUCGCAGUCGUGCUGGAAGCGGUGAAAACGGUGCUGCAGUGCUCCACAGCCGCCCAGGUCUUGUCAGCCGAGGGGUUCCGGAAUAUAGGCGCGGUCCAGUGGCUACGUGGCACAGCAAGCAUCUUCUUCCUCGUCUCCAUCGGCCUCUUCGCUGUGGCGCUGGCAUGGGGGUGGUACUUAGACCUCAAGGCCUCCCGCACGAUCCCUGCGGAGGAGGUAGAGGCAGCCCUGAUGGUGAGCCGCAUGGGCCAAGCCCACAAAGAUGGGGAGGAAACGGAGGAGCCAAGGGAGAAAUCUGGCCAGGAAGGUGGCUGCUGCAUGAACUGCUUAGAUAGUUCUGUAUGGCUAGCCUCUUCGAUCUUUAGCAUCCCUGCGACGGAUUCGGUGUCAGAGCUUUUGGACGCCAGAGUGGCCACAGUGAAUCGGUGCAUCUCCUCGGUCCACUCCUUCCGAGCCGGUGCGUGCCGACAGAGCAUCAAAGUGGCCAUGGCAGGCAAGGAUCAGCUCCGGUCCUCUCUGUCCCGGAAAUGGCAAAUCCACUACCAUGCAGCAGUGGCCGUUGAGAAGUUUUUGUCCAGCUCCUGGCUGCAGCGUGUGAUGAUCUUGCUGCCUUGCAUGCACCCCUGGGUGACACUGCGGCUUGCAAGCAUCUUCAGACCGCAUGUUGUACGGGCGGCCUUGGUUAUCCUAAAGCUCGUGAGUGCAGCUUUCACAAACGCCAUGUUUUUCACCAGCACUGGAACACAAGCGAUGGGCUCGGAUGAUGAGUGCACAGAACCACAGAAUUUUUCAGAGAAGCUGCUUGCUGCUACCAUCGUAGGGUUCUUCUCUGCAUGCAUGGGAGACGUGCUUAUCGUUGUGUUGGCUUUGGUGCAGCGGCGAAAUGUGCUGAUUCGAGACCGCUGGACAGAGAAGAUGAAGAAAUCGCAGCUGCGGCGGUGGCGUGCGAGGCGUCUGAUCUUCUGGUUCGUUUGGUUUAUUGCAAUCGUGUUUUCCAUCCUUUAUACAACAUCCUUCCUCGCCAACGUCAGCGCGCCUGAUGCGUCCAGAUGGUUGGAAAGCACAGGAGUCAGUGUCUUGCAAGACUUUCUGUUCAGGCCCUUGCUUUUGGCUCUGGGAUAUGCUACAUGUUCAACCCUCGUCUUAUGCAGCUCGCAUGUUAGAGAGACAGUGGAGAAACAGUGGACGCGCCCAGCCGCGGUGGACCUCAGUCCUGCAGAGCCUAUUUGCUCCACGAACGAUGCAGGCAAAGAUUGCAAGUCAGUUUGUGCAGUUGAAGAUGAUUCCCUCGUUUCCAACAUCAUCAUGAGCGAGCUCGUGUGA